UAAUUAUUCAUUGGCUCUAGCUUAAAGUUAUUUUUAGUUUUAUUAUUUCUUUUGUAUGCUAUGCCUUCUGGUAUAAGAGUGACAGCAAGAGGAAAAGAGGCCCGUGAUGCUGGAAAUAAGAAGACAAGCCUAUCUACUGAUGAGAAACUAUUACUUGAUGCCCUCCGAACUCGUGAUAUUGCUCAUUUUUUGAGAAAAAAGUGCUCAACUAAAGAAGGAUUUACUGAAAAGAGGCACGUUGAAUACUUUAAAGGUGUUCGAGCCGCCAAAUGUUUGAUGAGCAAUUAUAAAGAAAUUUCUAGAAAAAAACAUGCUGUCUACAUUCUUAAUAAAUUACUAGAAGAAAAUUUUUAUCAUAGUGCCGAAAAGAUCAAACUUUCUAACGGCAGUAAGAUCCUCAGACCGAUUUUGAAAAAACAAUUUACAGUUGAUGAUUCUCUCUAUAUUUGGACUUUUGAAGUUGGCAAGUGGAAACAGUACAUGUUAGGCGUUGGCAUCAUUUUAGGAUUUAUACUUUUCGUUCUUCAACCUCUUUGGCCUCCUUUUAUGAAAGAGGGCGCGGUUUACCUGUUUUAUGCUACUUUGGGCCUAAUUUUGCUUCUGCUUAGCUUGUGCGUCCUCCGCUUGAUUCUGUUUGUGGCAAUAUUUCUUUUAAGCGGUGCUCGAGUGUACUUCUGGUUGUACCCAAAUUUGGUUGUGGAAGAGCAAUUUUGGGCCUCCUUUGUUCCUUUGUAUUCCUUGGAGUGGAGAAAAUCUUCUGCUCCCAAGGUAGUGGAUGAGUAUUCUGAAUAA